AUGGCUGCGUUACUUCCGCCCUUGAACGUAGCAGGGGUUGCCGUCCCACCCGCACCUGCAAAUCCUCCCGUCUUAACUGAUAUCACGAACGCUCUGGAAUAUGUCGAACGACUAUCAGCUUCUAAAACCGCCAAUCCGGCCCAACUUGCCAUCAACACUGAGAUAGGCACGGCGGAAGCGUAUAAGGCGGCUGUCAUCUCCUCUGCAGCCAACAUUGUACCUCCUUGGGUUGCCAACAUCUUAGCGGCGAUCAAUCAGCUACAAGUGGAUAUCAAUCAAAUCCAAGCUGCCAACAUCCCAGCAGCCAUCAACCAGCUUCAAGCGGAUGUCAAUAACCUACAUGUCAAUAUGAAUAACCUCCAAGCUACUACGAACAACAUCCAAGCCAACAUGGAAAAGCUACCGAUCUGGUUCGCCAAUAACCACGCUGGCGCGCUCAGCCCACUCCGCGAUCCUACGGAUCAGCUCUUAAGUUUCACCUCUGCACAGUGUGAUUUAUCAGCAGCUGCCCUUGGGCUACCUGUUUUCCCUCAUGGGAUGUAUGUUUCAGAAAAGCGUCGCUUGAUUGCAUUAGCCCUUGGAAUUGUGAUUGUGUAG